AUGGCUACCCUCAACCCCGGCGACGCAUUCCCCAGUGACGUGGUAUUUAAGUAUAUCCCAUGGACCGAGGAGAGCGAUGAUAUCACCGCCUGUGGUAUUCCCAUCAACUACAAUGCCUCGAAAGAAUGGGCAAACAAGAAGGUCGUCCUCUUCUCCGUGCCCGAUCUCGUGAAUUCAAUGCGUGCAUUCGAAGCUUGUAAGACCUGUUCCCCGACUGAUGCAUCCGGAUUCAAUCAAGGCGCCUUCACUCCGACCUGCUCGGUGAACCACAUGCCCGGCUACAUCAAGAACCUGCCCCAGCUUCGUGAGAAGGGUGUUGAUAUUGUGGCCGUGGUUGCGUUCAACGAUCCCUUCGUGAUGAGCGCCUGGGGCAAGGCGAAUAAGGUUCGCAACAAUGAGAUCCUCUUUCUCUCAGACCCCGAGGCCAAGUUCUCCAAGAGCAUUGGCUGGGCGGAUGCCGCGUCGGGUCGCACCGGACGCUAUGCCAUCAUCAUUGACCACGGCAAAGUCAAAUACGCCGACAUCGAGACUGAAAAGGGCGCUGUCAAGGGAGAUGAGACGGAGUAG